AUUUUUCACUGUCUCCGAGGGAGAUGUGCCCGGCGGAACAGGGACUACAGCAAUGAGAUCUCCUUGCACCACAGACGAUACUGCAACAAUGGCUCCGUCUUCUGUGGUGGGGAACACUCGGUCACCUACAGCCGGGGAGCUUCAUCCCACCAGCCCACAGCAACAUCGUCCACCUGCAGCAUUUCGGGGGGAUACAGAUGUGGCGGUGAUGGAUCUAUUGUAAUAUCCAGUGGUGACAGUGGGGGGCCAUCUGGCUGGGGCAUUGCAGGGGGGACAGUCCCAGUCUAUGGCACUGGAGGGGGAAUAGGGUGCAGCAGUGAGGACUCAGGCUGGAACAUCGUUGGCAGCUCAGAGGGCAGUGGAGGAUCCAGCUGUCACAGUGACAAAUGGGACAUCACUGCCGGAGGAGGCUAUGGGUACGGAUAUGACGCAUCACCAAGAGAAAAGCCCUUAACAACAGAUGGGGGCAGUGGUGGCUCAGGGUACUAUAGCGGAGGAUUGGGCUAUGGCAUCAGGGGAUGCUCAGGCCCAGAGAUCAGCUCUGGAGGUUGUGGGUCCUCCCAGGCCAUGCAGCAGAAAUGCCCCGUGGUCGUUCCCAACAUCAAGGCCAACCAGAGCAAGGAGAGCAGCUACUGGCCCCCCAGCCAGAAGAAGUGA